AAAAAAACAAAAUUUCAAGUAAUUAUUAAAAACAUGUCAAUCCUUUAUUGAACUCCUACACAAAGUUGAUAUCAACUGAUUGAGAAGUAUGUUAAAAUUUUGCCGUAUUUUUUCAGUUAUUUCAUUAUUUUAUUCUCUGCAAUCCAAAACGAAACUGUUUAAAUUGUAGCUGGUGAAAUAGAUUAUAAUGUUUUAUUGGUCCACUUUGGCUAGAGCGGCGUUUAGCCCUGCUCAUCAUAAAAUAGACACACCAUGUCCUGCAGCUCAUGACAAAAUUAAUAUUUUGUCAUGAGCUGACACAAAUUGUUUUUGGCAAUUUUCUAUAUUUAUUCCAGCCAAUAGUAAACCAGAUAGUAUUUUUUCAUUUUUACCAGGCUUCUAUUGUGGGACAAUUUAAUUUAUUUUUCAUUUAUUGGUUCUUGUAAAUCCUAAUAAUUGUGCAUAGAGUUUUACUACAAUGCGUAAAAUACAUUUGAUAUGCCUCCCAUGGACCAUGGGUCAUGUGACCGGGUCACCUGGACCUGCCGUUGUGCUGACGCGUGUCUUCAGAGGGAGGAAUCACAUCACCUGGGCAAACGGACCAAUCAGAAAACGCUUUUAUUUUAGGAUGAAUCUGGCCUUUAAAACCUCUGCGCUCCUCGGUGCAGAAAGGAAUCUGUCCUCUGCUUCUCCUUCACCAACAGAAAGGAUUCACAGUAAGUUUCAACAGUUAUACCACAAUAUUCAGCUUUAUCGCCUGAAUAAUAAGCUUUCCUUCUCUUUUUUUAUUUUACUUUAUCGUUUUUGAAUAUUUGCACAAUGGAAAUCUUACAGGCCUAAGAAUGGUUUUGUUGCAGCUUUUUUGUUUUAAGAUGAAUUUCCUUUUUUCUGCCUGAUUCUUCCACCUUUUAAUGGUUUUCUUAGAACGUAAAGUUUGUUCUAUGCUCACAAACACACCACCCUACGGUUUCUAUAAUUAAUAAUUUCAUAACACUGGCCUCCAUGAGACCUUUUUCUUGAGUUUUUUUUAAUCCUUUCUUGUUAAAUAAAUUUAUUUUUUUGUGAAGGAGUGCACUUUAACAAUUUAGUGGAUUUUAAAUGUUGGAGUUUUUUUUGUUUUUUUUCCCCUAAAAAAUAGACACAAAACCACUUUGAUUGAUUGAACUUUGAUCUAGAACCAAAGGAAGAAUGUAGUUGCAUGUCUGUGCUUGAAGAUAACGGGACGUUCUACAUUAAAUUACUCAGUUUGAUGGUUUCUGGUAUCUUCCUGUAAACGCACAGGGAGCAAUUUUUCCCGUAUUUUCUGCAGCUUACGGUUACAAUAACCAACGAUGGCUACUGGAAGUAAAUCACAUGGUGCAGAUCUCCAUUUUGGGCUCAGAUUGGCCAUAAAGAUGAGUUUUUACUUGCUGAGAACAAUGCAGAAACCCAACAGAUGGACCAUAAUGUUAUGUUUCUUAAUUUGUUAUCACUGUAUUUCCCAAACUAAGAUUGAAUCAUGUUGCCAAAUUUCGUACCCUGGACUUACAGAGUACCAACACAUGCACAAAGUUGUGCAAAACAAUUGUUUUUCAAGGUUCUUGGGCUCUAACCCUAUUUGCAAGCAGGCUAGUCUAAGAUGCUGGAAUGACCUGGAUAUUUUAAAUAUCACUUUUCCAGGCCUUUAAAAACAGUUUAUAUGCAUGAGUGCAUGCACAGCACGCAAAAAAAGGAUUAUUGGUGUGAAGUGAAGGCUCAUGCUUGUACAUGAGAGAAAGAGAGAGAGAAAUAAAUUUAAUUGGACAAUCCAGCUUGUUUCUUUAUUAAAAUAUGAAAUGUAUUAACAUUUAUUCAUUUCUAAUAUCACAUGUCUCUUUAUUUAAGUGCAUAAAACAGUGUUUCAGCAUGAAAGCAUGUAUUUAUUUACAUAUUUAAUAAUAUGCCAUACCACAUCUCUGUCUAUUAAAUAGCAUAAAACACAGUAUAUCAGUAUGAAAUCAUAUAUUUACACAUUAAUACUCCAUAUGUCCAUCUGUUAAAGGCCAUAUCUUUAUGAAAUAUGUUGUAUUUCAGCAUUAAUACAUGUUCUUUCAUGUGUAACAGCAUCCUGUAUCAUAACCACAUCUCUGCCGUUUGUUACAAACCAACCCGUGUGAAAAUAAUUCAAGCAGUUAUGAUUUAUUUUAGUCGGGCAGACAGCUUCCUCAGUAGAAAUAAAUGCACUGGGGUCACAUGAGAGACCCAUCCAAAAUGGCGGCCGGCUAAACCUGGGAACCUUCACAACUGUUCCACGUUUUCUCCAGGCUUUGUGAUCCUUUCCAGGGUGAUAGAGGAACUUUGUCGGUCUGAGCGUGGCUGCUGAAAUGGCAAUAAUGCUGCUCCUGGUUGUUGUGGCGUUCUGCACGAGUGCCGUCCUGUCGAGUCCAGACCCACAGCUGGAUCAGCACUGGGAGCUGUGGAUGAACCGCUACAACAAGACCUACCAGGAGAAUGAGGAGGGCUGGAGGCGAAUGGUUUGGGAGAAGAACCUGAAGAAGAUCGAGCUGCACAACCUGGAGCACUCCAUGGGCAAACACUCCUACACCCUGGGCAUGAACCACUUCGCAGACAUGACUAAGGAGGAGUUCAGGGAGAUUAUGCACGGCUACAAAGCUAAAGAAGAGAAGCUUGUUAAUGGGACCCUUUUCAAGAAGCCCAGCUUCCUGAAGGUCCCUGCUUCUGUGGACUGGAGAACAGAAGGCUACGUCACACCUGUUAAGGACCAGGGUCACUGUGCCUCCUGCUGGGCUUUCAGCGCCACUGGAUCUCUGGAGGGUCAGCUGUUCAGCGCCACCCGCAGACUGGUUUCGCUGAGCGAGCAGAACCUGAUCGACUGCUCUGGACCUGUGGGCAACAAUGGCUGCAACGGUGGUUUGGCCAAGAAGGCCUUUGAGUAUGUCUACAUGAACGGCGGUCUGGACUCUGAGGCGUCGUACCCGUAUGUGGCCGCGGAGAACCAGCGAUGCUUCUAUAAUAAGUCCCACAACGCUAUCACCAUCGACGGGUACGCUUACAUUCCCAGUGGCAGCGAGGAAGACCUGAUGGAGGCCGUGGCCACCAUGGGGCCAAUUUCUGUUGCCAUAGAUGCCAGCCAUGACUCCUUCCAGUUUUACCAGUCAGGCGUCUACUACGAGGAGAACUGCAGCGCCGAGCGGCUGAACCAUGGCGUCCUUCUGGUGGGUUACGGCUAUUCUGAUCAGAAUUACUGGAUUGUAAAAAACAGCUGGAGUGGAAAGUGGGGCAACCAUGGCUACAUCUACAUGGCGAAAGACCGACAAAACAACUGUGGCAUUGCAACAGAUGCCACUUUUCCUCUUAUCCUCUGAGCAAUAUUCCCUCUUACUGCCCUGCAGCGUUUGGGCCGAAGAAGGAGAAUAAAGUCUCAAAGUUGUGCUUUUUUUGUUAGCAGGAGAAAUUGCAAAGGUUUAUGCUAGGGGUGUCCAACAUGCGGCCUUGGGGCCAUUUGUGGCCCCUGGACUGAUUUUGUGUGGCCCCAACUGCAAUUCAACAACAAUUUGGCCCAAAAGAAGACGUGGUUGAUUAGGGCAAAAUUAUUACAGAUUAAUUAAAUCUUCUUACAAUUGUGACUAUUAGGCACAACACAAAGUAUUGGUCUUUUAAUAACCACGCUCAUUUUUAACAUUAUUUCAGACUUCAUAGUAAAUAGGAUCACGUCUAUCAAAUUGAUUUGACUGAAAUGCAGACUUUGGCGAACCAAAUCUGCCUUUAAUUCAUUUAUUAAAAUUGGCUAAAUACGGCAGGUGUUUUCAAAGAAAGACCCUAAUCAUUUUCUCAUCACUAAGAAUAGACAGAAAAUAAAUAAAUCAAUUGAGCAAGAAUUUGCAAACUAGAUGAACAUCUUUUAAUAAGACAAAUGUGUAAAAUCUUUUAAAGAUGUAACUCACCCCCCCAAAGCCUCACAUCACCCAGAACGCGCCUAAAUGAGGCAGUUCCCGGGGACCAGGAAGGUGUGGGGGUGAACAGCUAUGUAGAUUUCCAUGUAAAUAAACUAACUGAAUGUAGACAGCACUCUAAGACAUCCACAUGUGCAGCUUAUUAGCAGAAAAAAGUCAAUUUGGAAGUUACCCUUUAAGUUUUGGAUCUACAAUGAGUUACACAUUUCUGUUCUGCAGAAAAUCUGACUAAUAUGUUUAAAAUAUUACAUUCUCAUAUUUUGUGGUAACCUGGCCAGCCAGGUUGAUAAUGUGUAGCACUUUACGUUCUGCACAUUAUCAAAUGGGACUGAUCCCAGAACAGAACUCUCUGAGCUGAUUGGGCGAAGCGACACCUAGUGCCCGCCUACCAAAGGUUGGUUUUAGCCAAUCACGUUAUCAAAUUAAACCGUUAGCAGCAGGCAUCAUGAGAAACCACAAGAAGGUAAGCUAGUCGAGGCACUUAUUGCUGUUCAAAGGUUUUAAAAAAGAAAUUGUGGAUUCUAAUAAAACAGAUGUGAUAGCAGCAGAACAAAAUGGAUUCUCGUGUGUUUGUGAACGUAUAAAUACUGCAAGAAUUAAAAAAAAAUUCUGAGGAAAUUUUGUUUGUUCUUGUUUUAUGUCUUGACAGUUUUGGGCCACGUGACAAAAAAGUUUGGACACCCCUGGUUUAUCCAAAUAAACAUAUAUAUGAAGUAUAUGUAGCUCUGCUGCUUGUUGACCUUCUAUCACUUUUUGGAUUCUUGAUUGUUGUCAGCUUUUACACAAAGUAAUAAAAGAUGUGAAACCUG